AUUGCAGAAUGUGACUUCACACAAAGCUCACUGGGUGGAAAUGGGAAUUAAGAGAAAACUGCCCUAUAGGUUUAUAUUUUGUAAUCUUUGAAUAAAUUAUCAGUGACAAACAUGAACUUAAUUAGUGUAAUGUAAGAGGCUGAUUAUGUGAUGACUUUAAGUGUUACAAUAUAAUUCAGCUUUUCUUCUAGUUCUCUCCCUGCCCCCUCCUAUUAUAUAGAAAAUGGUGGCUAAUUCUGGAAUUAAAGCCUCACUCCAAAGGAAUUAGAGUGGGGGAAUAUGUGAGUGAAAUAGUAUUUGAGACUAGUGACCCAGUAUAGACUGUAAUUAUUUCUAUUUAAAAGGGAAUUUAUUUUGAUAAAUUUUAAAAUAAAUCUUCCAUUAAAAGAGGAAAAUUACUCGAGACAAGAUGUGUAACCUUUUAUCCAGUUAGAGGGUAACAGCCACAGAGUUCCCCAGGUCUCUUGUUUGUAAAGCAAAGAUGUCACAUCAGGCAGGAGAUGUCAAAAUCUAAAAUGGUGAUGGUAGCUUUCCUGGUUUUUUUUUGUUUGGUUUUUAAUUUAAUUUUUUUGUUUUCGCAACCAGGCCCCUUUUCCUUUGGAGCACAACGUUUUAACUCUCAGGCCUGGCUCUGAAAACCUCCUCAGAACUGGCCUUGUGUUUCUUUCAUGUUUAAUAUCUUUGGGGUUCACACAUCCACACUACAUGCGUUUCACAGCAACAGAUACUAUAAGAAACCAGCUGGGUUAAGUGGGCCUUUUCCAAACUGACAUAGGCCCAAAGUCUGCCUCAAUUCAGCUGGAUUGGGACAUGUCUGUAUCAAAGGAGUGGUUCACACCUGAUUUGCCCAGGGACCUCGGGGGAGGUGUGGUAAAAUAGGGUAAGUAGGAGUCAACAACACUAAAGGUAAGGGUGAAAGACCCUCACCUUGUAGGUCAACAAACCUGGUCUGUUCAUUCCCUCUGAUGCAUCUGGCACUGGUCACUCUCAAGCAGCACACUGGGCUCCAUGGACCAUUGGUCUGGCCCAGUAUGACCAGUCUUGUGUUCUUAUGUAAGUCCUUUAUGGCCUUGUCUACACUGGCAAGUUUCUGCAUAGGAAAGGAGCUUUCUGCAGUGUAACCUUGGAGUUCUACAAACUGCCAAGCCACUUAGUGCUCAGAAACUGCGCAGUUGCAGCACUGUAAAAAAACUACACCCUGAUGAGCGGCGUAGAACUGUCUGCAUCAGGGCUACAGCGCCGCGGUGCCAGUGUAGACACCCUGGUCGAUGACAGCGCUGUGAUUGGCCUCUGGGAGGUGUCCCACAAUCCCUGUUCUCGCCUCUCUGGUCGUCGGUUUGAACACUACUGCCCUGCCCUCAAUGACCAAUUGUGAACCCCACCCCUUAAAUUCCUUGGGAAUUUUGAAAGUCCCCUUCGUGUUUGCUCAGUGACUCAUGCAGUGGUCUCAGUGCAUCUUUCCAGGUGACCAUGCCUGCUCUGAGCACCAGACGAUCCUCCACUUGGAGCAAUGCCGAGCUGUUGAACCUCAUCAUCGUUUGGGGAGUGGAGGCUGUCCAGUCCCAGCUGUGCUGCAGCCGUAGGAAUUAUGAUAACAGACAGAUUUCACAAUGCAUGAGAGAAAGGGGCCAUGACUGGGACACACUGCAUUGCAGGGUAAAAGUGAAGGAGCUGUGGAACGCCUAUCACAGAGCACAGGAGACAACCACUUCCCCUGGUGCUGCGCACAAAAGCUCCCGGUUCUACAACGAGCUGGAUGCGAUACUCAGUGGUGACCCCCCCUCCAUUGCGAAGGCCACUGUUGAUACUUCGGUGGCUUGCAUGCCAAUCGAGAAUGGACCGAGCCAGGAAAAGAAAAUCUUGGAUGAGGAUGUGGAGGGGGAUGGGGACCCUGAGGCAGAGGAUGACUCAGAGGUCAGAGAUGCAUGCAGUCAGGAGUUCUUCUCUACCCUGGAGAAGGCUAGCAAGUCACAGCUUUCAGAGCUUGGCAAAGCACAAACAGGAGAGGAGGCCUCUGAUAUGACCUUAGGAGCCCAGCCUCCCUCUUUGUUAGCAGCAGCUGAACAGCUAUGCAGAAUUAGAAAGCGGCCAUGAAGAACUUGAGAGCUUUCUGUUUGAUCUCACGAUGCACUCCAAGAAAAACAAGAAUUGAAGGAGUGGCAGGACAGCGAGAAGGAGGACUGAAAGGAGAACGUGGUGCAUCAGAACGAAGCCACAGAGUGGUUCUUAAACGUUAUGGAGUGCCAAGUGGACAUGCUCCAGGCGCUACUUGCACUGCAAACCAAGUAGCUCUGUGUACGCCCACCCUCCCCUGCAGCCACUGUUGCAAAACUCUUUCCCAUGCACCCCCUCACACUGUCAACACACUCUUAUCAACCUCCUGGCUCCAGUCUGUACCUGCUGUAUUCCACUCCUGCCCCAUCACAGUCCAGCCCUGCAGACUCCCAGUAUCCACUACACUCAACACCACGGUACUUUUGAAGUACAGUACCCACAACAAUGUACUCCAGUGAGUAAGAUUGCAUACGAUACUUGGACAUACACAAAUCUUUAACUGUCUUAGGACCUCACUUCCUCAUGGGACCCAUCCUUACCUUGUCCCCCACAACGUUGAUGUGUUUUUUGUUUGUUUGUCUCUCUCCUCCAGUGGUUGCUUAUAAUAAAAGAAUAGUUUUGGUUUGAAAG